GCAUUGACGGCUUCAGCGUUGCAGAUCUCGCCAGCGUGGUGGAGCGGGCUUGCGUCGAGGCCACAGUCGAUGCCAGUGCUGGCAGGCUUCGAGGAGGAGACUCACGCCUGCCCGAGUGGGGCGACCGCCAGCGCAUGUCCAUGCAGCAUCUCGCCAAAGCUUGCGAGGAUUAUGUGCCAGCUGCCAUGGCUGACCAGAGCUUCUUCACAUCGGACAUAGGCCUAAAGGACAUUGGAGGUCUGGCCGAUGUGAAGCAGGAACUGAUGGACAUGCUUACCAUGCCCACAAGGUAUGCCGUUCUUCUUGACCGCGCCCCUGUUCGAACGAGAAAGGGCCUGAUGCUGGUGGGCCCUCCUGGUUGUGGCAAGACGAUGCUGAUUCAGGCCGCCGCCUCCGAAACCAAGGGCCUUCUGAGGUUCUUGUCAGUGAAAGGCCCCGAGCUUCUCUCCAAGUAUAUUGGAGAGUCAGAGGCCGGUGUACGGAAGGUGUUCGAGCGGGCUGCAGCAGCAGCUCCGGCCGUGAUUUUUUUUGAUGAAAUCGAGGCCUUGGCGCCAAAGCGGGGAGCUGACUCGACGGGGGUGACGGAUCGAGUUGUCAACCAGAUGCUUUGUUACUUGGAUGGGGUAGAGGACCGAGGUCGGGUCUUCGUCGUUGCUGCGACGGGACGGCCGGACAUGGUUGAUCCGGCUCUUAUGCGACCGGGGCGCUUCGACAAGAUUUGUCCCUCCUCGUCAUCGCAGAGCCGUGUGUCGACCGAUUCGCAGGUCUCCGCUUCCGGCGCAUCCGGUCAUUCCGGCCAUGCCGAGCCGGCCGAGGAAGUUGUGUCCCAUGAUGUGGACAAGCAAGCCGCGAUGCGGACGCCUUCGGCACAAGAACGGCGAGCGCUCCGCCGCAGAUCCGGGCGUGUAGCCCAAGUUGCAAAGCGGCAGGCCCGGAUUCAGAAGGUCUGCGAGGAUUGUGGCCGGUCUCUGUUGGAGAUGCCAGCGCCACCGGACAUCAACUUGUCACGGCGUGAUUGGAACAUACAGUUCGGGGCCUGGAAGCAGCGCCAGCGUCGACUGUCCCUCGGCAAGGGCUCAAGCAAAGGCCAGAAGGGCAAGCAUGGCAAGAAGGGCAAGAAAAGCCGAAACGGAGCUGAUACGGGCAUCAUGCCACAUCCCAAACUGAUCAAUUUUGGUCCGACGCCGGGAGUAGAAGGUAUGUCUUACAACAUGCGCAGUGAUAUGAGGAACCUCAACGACGUCACAGGCCCCUCUUCAGAAACUGGUUUCGAAGCUUCCGCGGCUGUUUACGAGUGCGGACUCGCAUGGUUCGUGGUACUGGUUCAGGAUAUCAACGCUCUGUUCUCAUCGGCGAAGAUUGAAGCUGUAAAUGAAGCCCUGGCGCAAGAGGGAGGCAUGCACCAGUCCAAGCAGCCGAGCAUGAGAAUAGGUCACCUGUACUCUGCACUGGAGACAGCAAAGGCCUCAAUAUCCGAAGCCGAUGAGAGGAGAUAUUCUCAAAUCUUCGGCCCCUACUGUCCUGGUGGCACCGGUCGCAGAGUUGGUAUUGGGGAGGAAAGCAAAGCUGUGAAGGUUUGA